UUGUCUUCUCUACAAGCCUGUCUUUCAUUUGUAGAGUAUCAGCACAUUAUGAUCAGUUCACGACAAUUCACUCAGUAUUUAUGGUAGUGCUCCUGUGAGACUUCUGCUAAAUGUCACUUGUCUUGUGCAGCCAGAAGAGAAAUGGAUCCUGUGAUUACUAUAGUUCUGGUGGUGGCAGCAGCAGCAGCACAAGUUAAUGCCAUGGCCUGUAAUCUCUCUCACAAGAAUGGAAAUCAUCAAUGCUAUGGGGCUUUGGGAGAAUCUUUGUCCUUACAGCUGGCUGCAGACAGCAGUAAUGAAGAAAUACAAUUGAAAAAAGGUUUUACUCGUAUUCUGCACUUCAAAACUGGAGAAGACUGGAAAUCUAAAUUGCAUCAGGAUUAUGUGAAUCGCUCUGAGUUCUUUUAUAAUGGAACAUUCAGACUGGACAGAGUUAUAGAAGAAGACAGUGGAGAUUACCAAUUGGAAAUACAUAAUUCAGAGGGAACACUGUUGCGCAAAGUCAACAUGCUACUUGAGAUACAAGCCCCGGUGUCAGAGCCAGUGUUGUCUCACCUCUGUCUGCCUGAUGGAGAAACCGUGGUCACAUGCUCUUCAGAGGGAGAUGGUCUUCAGUACAGCUGGACCCUGAAUGGCCAGAAUCUGACCAGGAGUGUAGCCUAUGACCACUACCAGAACAGUGUCAUCAUACUGAAGAGUGACGUGACAGAAUCCCUGACCUGUAUGGUUCAGAAUAAAGUUAGCAGCAGCAACUCUACUAUUCAUCUACUGGCCUGCCCAGUUGUCUCUUCCCAGUUUCCUUCAGUAGCUGUGACCGUGUCUGUGGCUCUGACGGUUGGAACUCUCACACUUCUUGCACUGUUUCUUGGUAUUAACCAUCUAUGCAAGAAACAAAGAUCCAGAUUUGAGAAUUCAGAACGCUGUGACGAGGUUGUUGUUUACGCUGAUGUGAAAAUAAAUCAAGCAAGGAAGCAGAGGCCCCCAGACACAGAGACGGUGGUGUAUGGACAGAUCAAAAUGGCUGUAAACCCAGACGAGGCAGGAAGCCCAUAGACUCAAGGGUAGACAUUUUACCACAUGUAGCUUUGUAAAGCAGAUAUAAGACAAGGGAUGACUGAACAUUAUGUGGGUGCACUGAUUGAGUAGAUGAGACAGACCAUCAAACUUAAAGACUAGUGUCAAAUGAACACAUCAAGAUGACAUCAUGCAUCAUGUAAGGAAUGCUAGGAAGAUGCACUGCAUGUAGUUUAGAGUUUGUUAACAUGAAUUACUGUCUCAUUUUGUAUUGUAUAUUGUACAAUGGUAUAACAAUUUUAAAGUAUUUUGUAACUUUUGUUUAAAACCGUAAUAUCAACGUAUCUGUAUUUC